UCUAUCCCUAGACCCUUCUACUAGCCUGUGAAUUCGUGCUCAAAGAGUUGAACUCUCUCUUCUUAGAGUGAUCCUAGCAACCUCGAUACACAGUCCCUAAAAUCGUGCAUGUUCUGUGCUAUAGCUAAUAUGGCAUUCAAUGGUCUUUCUCCAAUGACAGGUAUCGGCAAGAAGCCCUCGUCCACUAUGAAGAGUAAUAAUAUCGAAUUAGGGAGUGAUCCUGCUAUGUUUAGUCCCCUGCGCACAUCGAUCGAUUUACCUUAUGAUCACUAUGCUUUGAUCUUCUUGGACAACAUGGGUAAACUCCGGGUAGCCGAGUCCCCUUCAAUCCGACACCAUCAUGCCACUAUCUUUACUCCUGACGUGCGUGAUAAUUUCCUGAGGACUCUCGGUAGGAAAACCGGGCAUCAGGAGCCUUUAAUCCACAUAAAGCAAAUGGCGCUUCAAAUUGGUGAUUCCGAUCGGCUGCGACAGUACUACACGACUGCUUUGACACAUUUCCAACAGUUCAACUGCCGCAUUAUUGCAAAGGCUUUCAUCAGAUUCAUUGAGCCGCGUAAGCAAGUGAAGCACCCCUAUAACGGCCGGCCUCGACGAGGAGCACCCCCCGGUACCAAAGCCGACCCAGAAAAGACAAAGCCUGAAUGGUGGCCAGCUGGCAUGGCGCACAGAGAGCCAGAUCAUCUAAAUAAGAACGAUAGGAUUAGCCUUUUGAUCCAUAUUAUGCGCCAGCUGGGCGCGAUUGGGGCCACAGCCGACGUGCUUCUAGAUAUUGUGUAUGACUGUGGAAGACAGUUCGAUAAACCAGAGAAGUUCAACAUUAUUGAAGAGAUCUUUAAGGUGCGGAAGAUGGAGGAAAGAUAUGAGCGAGGCGAAAUGAAUGCCUCAACAAUUGUAUACGUGAUGGACCAUAAAGCACACACUAAUAGCGACAAGGAUGCAUACUCGUUUGCCGAGUCUGAGCUGAAACUCGAGCCAGAGGAGCCAACAGAGAUGGAGGAAGUGGAAGCACCAUUUGCUGCAGUUCCUAGCAACAUGCCAGUGCUUUGUACCAUGCCUUCUAUGGGAGAAAAUGCAGACCAACCUUUCCAUUUGCCGGAGCCUCUUUAUUUUGAAGAGCCAGUGAGACAGGACCGACCGUUCUUCAUGUCAUCCAACGACUAUCUGGGAGACAACUCAAAUGUUCUUGUUGAGGCACCCGUGACUCGGGGGUUGACCACACAUACUGAACAGGCUUCUUCAUUUGAAUACCUGACCCAGGCGUCCUUUCCGGAUGUCAGCACUGCUGAGUACUCUGCCAGUCAAUAUGGUCCCAGGACGCCAUCCUUUGGAGACCGUCGGUUUAUUCCUCAGGAUUAUGGAUUUGUAACGGGCCAUGCCAGAGACUUGCAUGUACUAUCCAAUGGGCGUUACUUUGAGCUCUGAGAACAUUGCCCAACUGUCUACGCCCGCGUGCUGGGCCGGCCCAGCCUUGAAAACGCAGCCUGGUGCGAACCAAUGCGGAGCUUCUGAUAGUCCUCUUGUGUGUGCACGGGAUGAAAGAAUGGAUGGCCUAUCUGUUGCCGUCCAAAAGUUAUAAACCAUUGGCUGCCUUUGAUGAUCCUUCCCUUAGUUCUAUGUUCCCGGAUAUGAUCCUCAU